GCGCCGCGAAAAGAACUGCUAACGACCACCGCCGCCGCAACCGCUGCCGCCGCCACCGACAGACCGAACAAUCGCCGCGAAUCUUGAACGCACACGAAACCGAUAAAAAAAUAUAUUAUAAAUUCAUCUAUUCACCUAAGGGAUACUUUACCAUUACAUCAAAAUCCAUAUACCAUAAACUGACACAAAAUACAUCAUCGCAACGUCAAUUUGUCAGGGUCCUUUAUGCCGUUGGGGUGUAAAAGAGAAAGCACGAGGAGUCAGAUCAAAAGAAUCUUGUGGUCCAUUGGUUUCGCGUUCCGGCUGCCAGAAAGGAAAUAAAAAUGUGUGCAGAGAAUAUUUGAAGUGACAUUUAGGUUUUUUUUUAUUUCUUCUCUCCCUCUUAUCAUUAUCGUUUCCUUUAUUAUUUUUCUUCUUCUUUUGUUGCUCAUUACGUGGUUUUCUUCGCGAAAGUACUGCUAUUACUGAAAAUUUAGUAUAGAGCCAAGUGCAUGAGUGAGUCAAGUGUGUGACCGUGAUUUUGGUUGGGAAGAGAUGCAUCUGGCCAGCGAGGUUACAUCAACCACUGGUCACUACGACCGCACCACCACCGCCGCCUCGAAUAACUCUGGAGGCUACGGGGGCGGCACACUGACGGCGGAAAUGCUAGCGGAAAGAACAUUGGACGGCCUCCUCGCAGAGCAUCCCGGUGAACUGGUGCGAACCGGAAGUCCGCACGUCGUCUGCACUGUGCUUCCGCCUCAUUGGCGCUCCAACAAAACUCUUCCGAUUGCCUUCAAGGUGGUAGCCCUUGGUGAUGUCGGUGAUGGUACUGUGGUCACAGUUCGAGCAGGGAACGAUGAGAAUUUCUGCGCGGAGCUGCGGAACUGCACGGCGGUGAUGAAGAACCAGGUGGCAAAAUUCAACGACCUCCGUUUUGUGGGACGGAGCGGCAGAGGCAAAAGUUUCACACUUACAAUAAUCGUGUCGACUAGUCCACCUCAAAUUGCCACCUACAGCAAAGCAAUCAAAGUGACAGUCGAUGGACCCAGAGAGCCCAGAUCGAAAACCCGACAAAGCUUUCAUCAUUUUCCCUUUGGACCGAGAGCUUUCCCGCCGGAUCCUCUGACCGGAGGACUUCCAUUUAAAUUAAGCGGGAUAGCGCACCACUUGGCAGGUCUGCCAGGACACCAUCCGGAUUGGGCGAUGCUCAGCGGCAGACAUCCUUAUCCCGGAGGUCCUUUCGUGCCGCACCACCACCCACACUUUCCACCGCACAUGUUCGCCGCCGCCGCCUUGGACAGGCCGGUCAAUACUUCUCCACGGAUAGCAAACGAACCUACAUCUACAUCUCUCGGUCCAAUAUCUAUAAACUGUCCGACGGCGCACAGCACAACCUCCCCGAAGACAUCUCCCAGUCAGGUGGGACUUCUGACCACAGCCGCCCUCUCACCCGUAGAAGACGACAUAUCAGUCACGGCAUCUCCGACGCCUUCACCGCAGCCGCCCCCAGCCUUUCCCGGAGUGGCGCCUCCUCCAAUGCACAACAAUCAGCUCUUCAACAACGCCUUGGCAGCGAGCAUUUUCUUGAACGCGCCGCUUCUGCCGCCGCCCGGACAAUGGCUCUAUUCGCAAUUCUAUCCGCAGGAUCUGCAAACUUGGAUGAGUCUACGACAUCCUAUGGCUAAUAGGAGCUCAUCUCCGGCAUCACAGAAUCCGGAUAGCUCUGGUAAUAUGGACAUCGAAAUAGAGGACUCGACGAGUCCGAAGCCGACCAAAGAUGAGGACGAGCCGGAGCCGAAAAAGGAUGAGGGCGUCAAUUUGACGGUUCAGAAGGGUCGCAAAGCUGCCAUUACACUAAUUAAACAGAAAGAAGAAGUGACGUCGAGCGAAACCGGGAAAUCCUCCCGCAACAGCACUUCCAGACACACGGACGUUUGGAGACCUUACUAAAAAAAAAACAAAGCGAAACGUUAAAAAAUAAAAUAAACACGUUAACCAAAAGAGAAACAAAGUUAAACAUAAACAGUACCACCGUCCGGAAAGACAUUUUCUAGGAAACGAACAAAUAAAUGUUAAAAAGAGAGAAUCCAAAGGCAAAGGGUAUUCGAGUGCAAUUUCUUCUGUUAUUUUGUACAUAAGUGUCGAUAUAGUUUUUAAGUUUU